AUGCUCAUGAUGAUCAGGGCACACCAGGAGCUCUUAAUAAAAGUUCUACCCGUAGACCCUGUCAUCCAAAACGGACCCCAAUGCGGAUUGGUUGCACUUUCAAUGGCGGCCCAGCUCCUCAGCUUGGAAAGAAAGGAUGUUUCGCAAAUAUUCGAUAUCGCUAAGAAGCUUGGAUUCACUAAUCAGGGAGAGAUGUUUUCAGCAGAAUGGUUGCGUCAAUUGGCUUGCUCAUUGUGGCCGAUACACUCCAUGGUCACCUCUGUCCCUGAUGCUUCCACGAUGAUCAAAUGGAUAGAUGGUGGUGCUGCCCUACUGAUUGCCUAUGAUUGUGCGAAGAACUACGAACCAGCUAUGCGAAAUGGACACGGAGCUCACUGGGCUUUGCUGGUUGGUAAUUUUGUGAUUGCCCUACUCUAG